UUCCUCUGUUUUUUCUCACCUCACUCCUUCGUUUCCCACUCACUCACUCACAAAAUGGCACCGCCUACAGUCCCUCUCUCUCUCCUUUCCCUCUUCCUCUUCUCCAUUUCUCUCUCCGCCGCUCUCUCCUCCGCCCCUGCUGCCGUUUCUGACCCAGAACUCGUCGUACAAGAAGUACACAGGAGCAUAAUCAAUGCAACGAAGAGGAGGAAUUUGGGGUAUCUCUCAUGUGGGACUGGAAAUCCAAUCGACGAUUGCUGGCGGUGCGAUUCCAAUUGGGAGAAAAAUCGUCAGAGAUUAGCUGAUUGUGGGAUCGGUUUCGGCAAAAACGCCAUCGGCGGUCGAGACGGCAAAAUCUACGUCGUUACUGACGCCGGUGACGACGACCCCGUCAACCCCAAACCAGGAACUCUCCGUUACGCCGUCAUCCAAGACGAACCCCUUUGGAUCAUCUUCGCUCGCGACAUGGUCAUUCGAUUGAAAGAGGAACUGAUUAUGAAUUCCUUCAAGACCAUAGACGGCCGUGGCGCUAGUGUCCAUAUCGCCGGUGGGCCUUGCAUUACGAUUCAGUACGUGACGAACAUUAUAAUCCAUGGUCUCAACAUUCACGACUGUAAACCAGGGGGAAACACAGAUGUGAGAGAUUCCCCUCGACAUUUUGGAUUCAGAACCAUAUCGGACGGUGACGGCGUUUCAAUCUUCGGCGGAAGCCAUGUUUGGGUCGAUCAUUGCUCUUUAUCAAACUGCAAUGACGGGUUAAUCGACGCGAUUCAUGGGUCUACAGCGAUUACGAUUUCGAACAAUUACAUGACGCAUCAUGAUAAAGUGAUGUUGUUGGGGCAUAGCGAUUCGUAUACUCAGGACAAGAAUAUGCAAGUCACCAUUGCUUUUAAUCACUUUGGUGAAGGUCUUGUUCAAAGAAUGCCCAGAUGCAGACAUGGGUAUUUUCAUGUGGUGAACAAUGACUAUACACAUUGGGAAAUGUACGCCAUUGGAGGAAGUGCUGCUCCAACCAUCAACAGUCAAGGGAACAGAUUUGUUGCUCCAAAUGACAGAUUCAGCAAAGAGGUGACAAAAUACGAGGAUGCACCAGAGAGUGAGUGGAAGAAUUGGCAUUGGAGGUCUGAAGGAGAUCUGAUGUUAAACGGGGCGUUUUUCACGUCCUCAGGAGCCGGAGCAUCAUCCAGUUAUGCAAGAGCGUCGAGCUUAGGAGCGAGACCAUCGUCGCUCGUCGGUACAAUUACGACCAAUGCAGGUGCACUGAACUGCAGAAAGGGCUCCCGCUGCUGAUUAUUAUUACUACCCCUACCCAAAAUUGAAAUUUGAAAAACUGAAAAGUCUAGUAGGUAAUUCUAGUUGGGUUGGUCGGUUGAUUUUCUUAAAAAGUUUAAAAUUGUUGAUUUUAUGAAAAUGGUAAUUGAGGGGAAAUCAGUAGAAAAUGGAGGGAAAGUAAGAGAGGAAAGAAAGAAAAAGAGAGCUAAGAAAGGAGACUGAACCAAUAGGGGUCAGUCAAUCUGCUUCUAUCAUUAUAUCUUUUUUAGCUUUUCUUUUUCUUUUUCUUUUUCUCCUUCCAUUUUCUUUUAUUUUUGGUUUUUUGGGUUGUUUUUAUAAUUAUUACAACGUACAACCUCCGCAUGUAAUUCUUGAAACCAUAGGGGCUUUCCUUUUAAGAACCCCUCAAAUGGUUUCAAAUCAAGUCAAGUGCAGAAGUGUUGAUAUUUCUUAUACUAA